AGUGAAUCAAGCGUUCUGCUGUUAGCCCUCAGAUGAAACUCCACAAACAUUUCAUCUUUUGUGUUGCAUCAUAAACAAUCAAAAACGGUCGGAUAAGCUUUGGGUGGUUUGAAGCUCUUAGGCUUUGUGUUGAUUACGCAAAGUUAAUUUCGUGAUUGCGUGCCAUUGAGGCUGGAAGUUUUCCCUGUACAGAAAGUCAGGAUGUCUGAAAUCUCUGUGAAUGACCAUCUGGAGGGCAUUUUGUCUGAUUUUGAGGCUCUGAAGAGGUCCUUUGAUAUUGAUGAUGUGAACGAUAUCCCCACAUUCUCCCCUACAUCUUCGAUAACAUCUCCUAUUAGCCCGAGUGCAAUCCUCAACAGGACAAAUGAUGUGAGGAGUCCAGGGAACCAAGUGUCUCUCCCUUACUGCUCCAGGAUUAAUAUCAGCUGCAGUCCUGCCCAGAGCCCUGUAAUGAGAAACAGGAUGGUGUCCAGUCUCUCCUUCAACCAAGGGACAAUGGGAAAGCCCACCAUCAACGCCAACACCGGGAUCAACCGAGCUACCUCUUUUCAGAACAAAUUUAACCCUAAUGGCUUCAUUUCAUCUUCAGGGCCAGGGAGUGACAAUGAGAGUCUCUAUAGCUCCUCUUCUAGUCUAGAGUACCAAGCAUCAUCUAAAGUCAGCAACUACACCAGCCCUCCCCAGAGCCCCAUUGGUGUUGGGGAAUACAAGGUCCAAUGUUUGGGCAGCUCAGCCCUAAAUAUGUUUUCAUCCCAUGGAAACAUGUUUCAUUCAGAGCUGGAAGGUCCUUUUGUCGUUCCAACUGACCCCAUUGAUAUGAACCAUAGCUCCAUGCCUUCUCUGGACCUCCAGAUGGCAGAGACCCCAGGAAUGAGACGAGUGGUUUCACCUGGAUCAAGACUCACCAAUGCAGGUGCACAGUGGAACACAAGUCCUCAUAACAUCCAAAACUGCGGCCCUUUCACAGGGGACAACUAUCUAAACCAACAGUCUCCUAAACCAAAGGAGCCGGUGCGCCUCAACAAAUUCCCUCUUGACCUUGAAAACCUGGUCUUCAAGUCUCAGAUGCAAUCCCUGGCAGCACCUAAACCACCACCAAGAUUUCACCCACUGUCCAACAGCCCCACUGUGUCGGCUAGUCCCUCUGCAUCCAUCAGUAGCCUCGAUAGCACUGACAUACCCAUGGCUCACAACAACAAUGUAGAAAAGAGGGAGCCCUUCACUCCUUCUGGAGCCAUCCCAGUACCCAACAUCAGCGAAUCUCCUGCCCUGUUGUCUCCAGCCCAAACUCCUCAGUUCAACAUUGUCUGUAAACCCCAAGUGGUCCAGUUGACCCCUGCCUCUUCUGCCCCGUCAGGACAGAUGGAGAUCAACAGAAAAAUAAAUCAGAAUGAGAUCCAUGCCAAGGAAAGUGUGGGUUCCAGAUUACAGAGAAUUGCCUCUUUCUCCAGAGUGGAUGCUAAGGCCUCAGUGUCUGACCCAAGUUCUGUCAUCCCUCUGAGUAAUGGUGUCAAAAAAGACUCACCUCCAAUACAACGCAAGGAGCUCAAGAGAUCAGAGGACACGACACAGGAGCAGGGCUUGGAUCUGGAGCCAUCUGUCCAGAUGGAGGAGGAGAAGGAGGUCAUGGAGGAGAGAGAGUUGGAGGAGAGGGAGAUGGAGAUAGAACAUCCUCCACCAUGCUUCAAUGAAUCUGACACACAAGGCAUUAUCAAGGGCAAAGAUCUAUUUGGAUAUGUCGGCAUUGAGGCAGUGCUGGACCAGAUGAGACGCAAAACCAUGAAGGCUGCCUUUGAAUUCAAUAUAAUGGUUGUAGGUCAGAGCGGUUUGGGGAAGUCGACGCUUGUAAACACACUUUUCAAGUCCAAGGUCAGUCGGAAGUCCUGCACACCCAAUUAUGAAGAGAAGAUCUCAAAGACCGUCCACCUGCAAUCAGUCAGCCACAUCAUUGAGGAGAAAGGGGUGAAGAUGAAGCUGACAGUGAUUGACACACCUGGAUUUGGAGACCAAAUCAACAAUGGGAACUGCUGGGAGCCCAUUGUAAAAUAUGUUGAUGAACAGUAUGAUAAAUACCUGAAGGAGGAGCUGAAUAUCAACAGGAAGAGAAGAAUCCCUGACACUCGUGUUCACUGCUGCGUCUACUUCCUGCCAGCCACCGGACACUGGUUACGCCCCAUAGAUGUGGAGUUUAUGAGGAGACUUGGGAAGAUAGUGAGCAUCGUCCCUGUAAUCGCCAAAGCAGACACACUCACUCUAGAGGAACGGCUAGAGUUCAAACAGAGGAUAAGACAAGACCUCCAGGCCAAUGGGAUCAGUGUGUAUCCGCAGAGAGAAUAUGAUGAGGAUGCUGAAGACAGAAUACUCAACGAUAAGAUUAGGGAAAACAUCCCCUUUGCAGUAGUGGGAACAGAUAAGGAACACCAGGUGAAUGGAAACAAAGUUUUGGGAAGAAAAACAAAGUGGGGGAUCAUUGAAGUUGAAAAUGUUGCACAUUGUGAAUUUGCACUUUUGAGAGAUCUUCUUAUUAGGUCCCAUCUGCAAGAUUUGAAGGACGUCACUCACAACAUCCACUAUGAGACCUACAGAGUGAAAAGACUCAACGAAAGCAAUGUCAAUGGACUGGCUCUUUCACCUUUGACCCUGGAGAAUGGUACCCUUGAGAAAAGCGAAGCAGAGAGUCACCUCUGAAUGGAUCGGAGCUCAACAAGUACACAUGUACGCCCGUAGUCUGAACCACCUCUGUCUAAAUGGGAGAGAUGAACAUUUCACUUCUAUAUUGUCAUUGAUGGAAAAUGUACACAUUUGACUAAAGACUUUUCUGCUUAGGCAUGUAAACUUCAUUUAUGAGUCUAUUUUUUAAAUGAAUCUAUAUAAUGGGGAUGGAUCUGGGAUAUAGGCCUGUGAAAGUAUAAUGGGUGGAAUUGAACAAGGGUUUUGCAAAGAUAAUUGUUCUCUCUAUUUUUUUCUCUCACUCUCUCUUGUUCUUUUAUCUUUUACACAUUUCAAGUGUUUUCUAAUCAUGCUCUACUGAAUGAAUGGCUUGGAGGGUUGGCAUAUUAGAGAACUUGUCCUUCAUGCCUGCCACCCUCACUGGAAAAGAAAAAUCCCAUAAUCCCUCUCUGUGCUACUUUGACUAUUUACACUGAACUAGCAAUGUGUCAUGCUCCUUUGGCUCAUUUAUUUUCAGAAGUAAUUAUUCUAGAUUUUUUGACAGUAAAAUAUGAUCUUUGUUCUUUUUUAAAGAAGAGAAAAAAAUAGAGAAAAAAACACUUGUAGACAAAUAUUUUUGUUACCAUACUGCUUUAGAGCUUAAGGUAUUUUAUUAACAGAUACUUUAAAAUGUCUUCUUACUGCUUAUCCAUGAAUGACAGAUGUGAGGAAACCCAGUGUGUUGAUAUAAUGGUGAAUAUUUCAAAUAGAACUACUGACUUGUGAGGAA